CACCUGCGAGUUCGCUGAAGUCCGGCCCGACUGUAGCUCGGCCCAGCCCAGCCCGAGCCGAGCCGACCGCGCCCGGCCCUCGCCCUCGCUCGGCCCCCGCCGGCGCGCCAUGGGUCCUCCACGCCGCGGCUCUCCCGCGCUGCCGCUGCUGCUGCUGCUACUGCAGGUCUCCCCGACGCUCUGCCAGGAGCCCGAGCCCUGCCACCCCGGCUUUAGCACCGAGAGCUACACGUUCACCGUGCCCCGGCGGCACUUGGAGAGAGGCCGAGUCCUGGGCAGAGUGUACUUCGAAGGCUGCACGGGCCGACCGAGGACGGCCUACUUCUCUGACGACUCUCGCUUCCAAGUGGGCACAGAUGGUGUGAUCACCGUGAAGCGGCCCCUGCAGCUGCACAGGCCGGAGACCAGUUUCCACGUCCACGCCUGGGACUCCAGCUACAGGAAGCUCUCCACCAAGGUCACGCUGAAGGCCGUGGGGCCACACCGCAACCACCCCCAUCGCCAUGAGUCUUCCCCUGGAGCCAGCACAGAAGUGCUCACGUUUCCCGACUCCCACCAUGGUCUCCGAAGACAGAAGAGGGACUGGGUUAUUCCUCCCAUCAGUUGCCCAGAAAAUGAAAAAGGCCCAUUUCCUAAAAACCUGGUCCAGAUCAAGUCCAACAGGGACAAGGAGACCCAGGUCUUCUACAGCAUCACCGGCCAGGGAGCCGACACGCCACCUGUUGGUGUCUUCAUCAUCGAGAGGGAGACGGGAUGGCUGAAGGUGACGGAGCCUCUGGACCGAGAACACAUCGCCAAGUACACGCUCUUCUCUCACGCCGUGUCAUCGAACGGGAACGCCAUCGAGGACCCGAUGGAGAUCGUGAUCACGGUGACGGACCAGAACGACAACAGGCCUGAGUUCACCCAGGAGGUCUUCAAGGGCUCGGUCAUGGAAGGCGCACUGCCAGGGACGUCCGUGAUGCAGGUCACGGCCACAGACGCAGACGAUGACGUGAACACCUACAAUGCCGCCAUCGCCUACGAGAUCCUCAGCCAGGAGCCCGAGCUGCCGCACAAGAACAUGUUCAGGAUCAACCCGCAGACCGGAGUCAUCAGUGUGGUCACCACUGGGCUGGACCGAGAGACGUACCCCGUGUACACCCUGGUGGUCCAGGCUGCCGACCUCCAAGGCGAGGGCUUGAGCACCACGGCGGCGGCUGUGAUCACGGUCACCGACAUCAACGACAACCCUCCUGUCUUCAACCCCACCACGUACGUGGGCCAGGUGCCCGAGAAUGAGGCCAACUACCUGGUCACCACGCUCAAAGUGACCGACAAAGAUGAGCCCAACACCCCGGCCUGGGAGGCCGUGUACACCAUAUUGAAUGACCCCGAGGGCCAGUUCAUUGUCACCACGGACCCGGCCACCAACGACGGCAUCCUGAAAACAGCCAAGGGCUUGGACUUCGAGGCGAAGCAGCAGUACAUUCUCCACGUGACCGUGCAGAACGCCGUCCCCUUCGAGGUGGCCCUCCCCACCUCCACGGCCACCGUGACCGUGGACGUGGUGGACAGGAACGAAGCCCCCAUCUUUGUGCCUCCCGAGAAGAGGGUGGAGGUGCCAGAGGACUUCGGCGUGGGCUUGGAAAUCACGUCCUACACCGCCCGGGACCCGGACACGUUCAUGCAGCAGAAGAUAACGUAUCGGAUUUGGAGGGACGCCGCCAACUGGCUGGAGAUUAACCCAGAGACGGGCGCCAUCUCCACGCGGGCGGAGCUGGACCGGGAGGACACGGACUACGUCAAGAACAGCACGUACACGGCGCUCAUCAUCGCCACGGACAACGGUUCCCCACUUGCCACCGGCACUGGAACCCUUCUCCUGAUCCUGUCCGACGUGAAUGACAACGCGCCGGUGCCUGACCCGCGCAGGAUGGACUUCUGCCAGAGGGACCCACAACCUCAGCUCAUAAACAUCAUCGAUCCCGACCUUCCUCCCAAUACCUCCCCCUUCACCGCAGAGCUCACGCACGGGGCCAGCGUCAACUGGACCAUUGAGUACAGUGACCCACGUCAAGAGUCUAUCAUUUUGAAGCCAAAGAAGACUUUAGAGCUGGGCGACUACAAAAUCAACCUGAAGCUCGCGGACAACCAGAACAAAGACCAGGUGACCACCCUGGACGUGCUCGUGUGCGACUGCGAGGGCGCCGUCAACAACUGCAUGAGGGCCACGUACGUGGAGGCGGGCCUGCAGGUCCCUGCCAUCCUGGGCAUUCUCGGAGGAAUCCUGGCUCUGCUGAUCCUGGUUCUGCUGCUGCUGCUGUUUGUCCGGAGGAGAGGGGUGGUCAAAGAGCCCUUACUGCCCCCAGAGGACGACACUCGGGACAACGUGUAUUACUACGACGAGGAAGGAGGCGGAGAGGAGGACCAGGACUUUGACUUGAGCCAGCUGCACAGAGGCCUGGAUGCUCGGCCCGAAGUCAUUCGCAAUGACGUGGCCCCGACCCUCAUGAGCGUGCCCCAGUACCGCCCCCGACCUGCCAAUCCUGACGAAAUUGGGAACUUCAUUGAUGAGAACCUGAAGGCGGCCGACAGUGACCCCACGGCGCCCCCGUACGACUCCCUGCUGGUGUUCGACUACGAGGGCAGCGGCUCCGAGGCUGCCAGCCUCAGCUCCCUGAACUCCUCGGAGUCCGACCGAGACCAGGACUACGACUACCUGAACGAGUGGGGCAAUCGCUUCAAGAAGCUGGCCGACAUGUACGGGGGCGGCGAGGACGACUAGGGGCCCUGAGCAGGGUGGGGCCCCAGAGGAUGCCGCUGUGGUUUCUUGGCUCCCCUCCUCCUUCCAGCUGAGUUCCCAGGAGAGACCCUGAUCAAGGGUGCAGUGCAAGGUAGUUAGGAUUUCCACUCUGUCGCUCUCGUCUGUGUGUGGUAGAAAGGUUUUUUCGACUUACUCCUCGUUUUUCUUACACGGUCCUGAUGUCCCAGAGGCUCCCAGAUGUGAACGUUCCAAAGGAACAGACUCCAUCCACACCCACGUGGCUGCGCCAGCAGUUUGCAGAUUUCCCUAAGGGGCCUUUGUCUGGACUUUCACAGGAAGGGGGGUCAGCUGCCCUGGCGGUCUGCUGCUCUCCCCAUCCUCGCACCAGGGUCCCCUGUCCCCAACUGCUCUCCCCCCGCCCCAGGUCCCACUCCACCUGCUAGUGCCCCCCC